AUGUCGCGGCUCCUAUCCGGCGCCCUGCGCCUCCGACGGGACCCGCGCCUCCUCAAGCUGCCGCCCUACAUAUCCCUACUCUGCAUCGUCGUCGGCGUCGCAUGGCUGCUCAUGCUCCCGCAGAACGACUACUCGCGGCGGACCUACAUCUCCGAGAAUGCCCUGCUGCCGGGCCAGGUGCACACGUACUUUGGCGGCAGCGACCAGAACGUCUUCCGGGCGUACAAGCACGAGGUGGACGGGCUCGUGGGACGGAGCAACAUCGAGGUCAACGACGGGCUCGAGGGCAUCUUCAAGGCGGUGGGGCUCAAGGUCGGCCGGCAGAACUUCACGUACUCAAGCUCGGGGAACACGUACGCCGGCGAGAACGUCUACGCCAUCCUGCAGGCGCCGAGGGGCGACGCCACCGAGGCCAUCGUGCUGGUCGCCGCGUGGGAGAACGCCCGGGGCGAACUCAACAAGCGGGGGGUUGCGCUGCUUCUGACCCUGGCGCGAUACUUCCGGCGGUGGUCACUGUGGUCCAAGGACAUCAUCCUCGUGGUGCCACCCGACAGCCUGGCGGGCCCGCAGGCGUGGGUGGACGCGUACCACGACGCCCACGACACGCGGCGCAUCGACCCGCUGCCCAUGAAGUCCGGGGCGCUGCAGGGCGCCAUCGUGCUCGACUACACGCAGGAGCACCGCUUCCACUCGGUGCACGUCGUGUACGACGGCAUCAACGGGCAGCUGCCCAACCUCGACCUCAUCAACAGCGUCGUCAACAUCGCCGGCGGGCAGAUGGGCAUCGGCGUGUCGAUCCAGGAGAUGUGGUCGCACGGCGACUCGUACGACGACAGGCUGCGCACCAUGCUGCGCGGCAUGAUGAAGCAGGGGCUCGGCAUGGCGUCCGGCCCGCACAGCUGCUUCAUCCCCUACCACGUCGACGCCGUCACCCUCCGGCCCUACGGCGAGGGCUGGCAGGACGAGAUGGCCAUGGGCCGCGUCGUCGAGGGCACCUUCCGCUCCCUCAACAACCUGCUCGAGCACCUGCACCAGAGCUUCUUCUUCUACCUGCUCAUGCACAAGGACCGCUUCGUCAGCAUCGGCACCUACCUGCCGAGCGCCAUGCUGGUCGCGGCCAACUUUACCAUCAUAUCGAUUGCGCUAUGGGUGAAGAGCGGCCAGGCCGGUGAGGUCGAAAAGCCGGCAGAGACUACCGUGAAGGAGAAGGGGGCGACAGACGCAAAGGGCCCGGCCGAUGCUAUCUUAACGCCGGCUACAGAGAGGGACCUGCUUCUACCUUUGGUUCUUGUCGCUGGGAGUCAGUUUCUGGGAGUCGUCCCAUUUUACAUCUUUAACAACCUACUUGAGGGCAUGCACACCCCAGUCUUCAUCCUCUUCACAAUCCUCAACGCCGCCCUCCCACACGUCGCCUCCCACCUCCUAACAACCAAAUUCCGCCCCACGGCGCAACAGUACGCGCUGAUGCAAUCCUUCUCUCUGCUCCUGCUGGGCAUGUUCCUCUCCACGCUGGCGACGCUCAACUUCUCGCUCUCGCUGAUGGUGGGGCUCCUCUCGGUGCCGCUUUCGUUCGUGCGGCCGUGGCCCUCGCUACCUGAGGCGAGGUGGGCUUCGGCGCUGCUGCUCCAUCUGCUGGCGCCCACGGCGGUGCUGGCGCUGUGGAGCGCCUACUGGUCCGCGUGGUCGGGCCUGGGCGAGGUGCUGCGCGAGGCGGCAUUCGGGUGGCACGUUUGGAGCAUGUACACGAGCGUUGUCGUCUGGGGCGUCUGGUGGCCCGCGUGGCUUGUCGGCACUGUCGCUGUGCUGGGGCGGCCGGGUACGGAGGGAACGGAGAAGAAGAAGGCUGGGGAGUGA